AUGGAAACAAGUGGACGGGUUAGUUUCGGAGCGGAUUUAACCCGGGAUUAUCGGGUCAGCGUGGCGCCACAUCAUCAGCCGUACAUUCCCGAUCCGACGGUGCAGCAGGAGUUUCACUCAAUACAGGCCCGAGCCCACGAGUCCAAUGAUGGGCCAAGGUACGCCGAUAACGUGAGCCCACUUCAGAUCGAUCUGAAUUUCCCACCUGCAGAGGCUCUUGGGCUGGACUCAUCAGAUCCAGUAGAUGCGGGUCGGGCCGUAACUGACAAACGGGCCAGAUUUGCUGAGGCAAGGAGGAUAAGAAGAGGGUUAAUGAGAUCCAGGUACAUGAGAAAUCGUCCCCCGACUUACAAUUAUGAACAUGGUGUUUUGUAG